AUGUCUCGUUUUCAAAGAUCCCAGAGGUCUCAGGGGAGGAUUUGGCAGGGGUCAGGGCUUUUUGGUGCCUUCUUGUCAACUAUUAUACUACUUCCAGGAGCGGUCUCCGCCUACUAUGAUCCCAACCUCCAGAUACCCAUACUACCGCCACAGGUGCCUAUGGAUGAACCAGAGCUAUCAUCCGAACCACUUGAAUUUUCUCUACGACACAUAUUCCAGCGAGGUGCCUACGAACACCCCAGCCUCCACGCAAGGCUAGAUAUCAGACCCGAUACUCAACUCCGAACUUUGUCAGACGACGGAAUCGAGGAGGAUGUGAGAACUCUCCCAUUUUUAGUGGCAUCUUCAAAUCCGAUCACCAUACAGCGGCUUGCAGACCGACGUCUAUCGGUGAUCGAGGAUCACUUGACGACAGCGCAGCUGUCAGGUGCUCCAAGUAUAUUGUCGCCGUUAGAUUGGGUUAUGGACCUGGUUGACGGUCCUAAUGUUACAGACAAGGAAACUGUAUUGACGUUCGCAAAAAUGACUGCGAAUGACUAUAUUCAACUGCCUGAUACAGAAGACUGGAAAACAAUCAACGGCGAUUUCAACUACUCGUCAAGUUUUGGAUGGCAAAAGGACGGACUUCGAGGACAUAUAUAUGCCGAUAAGAAGAACAGCACCAUCGUUAUAUCCAUAAAAGGAACAUCCCCGGCCCUCUUCGACGGUGUAGGGACAACCACCAAGGAUAAAGAGAACGAUAACUUGUUCUUUAGUUGCUGCUGUGGUCAGGGAGGAUCGUACUUGUGGAGACAAGUUUGCGACUGCCAAACUACUGCAUACACUGCAAACUUGACCUGCAUUACAGAGUCUCUCUAUGACGAGAAUCGCUACUAUAGAGCCGCGAUCGAUCUGUAUUCCAAUGUUACAGCAAUCUACCCCGGAGCAAACGUCUGGCUGACAGGUCAUUCUCUGGGUGGUGCUAUGAGCAGUCUGCUUGGGUUGACUUUUGGAAUACCCGCUGUGACUUUUGAGGCAGUUCCUGAAGCGCUGCCUGCGGCUCGACUCGGUCUUCCAAGUCCGCCUGGUCAUGAUUCAAGACUUCCACAGACGCGGAAAUGGACUGGAUCGUUCCAUUUUGGACAUACAGCUGAUCCGGUCUAUAUGGGAACUUGUAACGGAAUCGACUCCAUAUGCACAUGGGGCGGCUACGCCAUGGAGUCGGCAUGCCACACCGGCCAGAUGUGUGUCUAUGACACUGUGGCGGAUAAAGGCUGGCGUGUUGGUCUCGGCACUCAUAAGAUCAAGAGUGUCAUAUCCGACGUCAUAGAGAAGUACGAUACUGUACCAGAAUGUUCUGCCGAAGAAGAAUGCUAUGAUUGCAUUCUAUGGAAAUUCUUCAAAAGCAAUGGCUCUGAAAUCACUACGACGACGACGACAACCACUACAUCUCCUACUUUUACAAGAACAGCAACCUGCAGCACCCCAGGAUGGUGGGGAUGCCUGGAUUCGUCGACCACUACUGCCACCACCACGACAACUUCAGCUACAACCAGUACUACGACAUGUAAAACACCUGGUUGGUUUGGCUGCAACGAUCCAACUACUACCACGACAGCAACUUUAGUAUCGACAUCUACUUCUGCAACUCCAACUUCAACCUCAACUUCAACCUCAACUUCAACAUGUGCGACGCCUGGCUGGUUCGGUUGUAAUGACCCGACAAGUACAACGACACUCCCACCUAUAAUAACAUCACCUACAAUAACGUCACCUACAAUAACCCCGCCCCCGUCAACGACUAUCAUAGCCACACACAAUGCGAAAUAA